GCCACGCUAACUAUUAGAGUAACACAAAAAAAAAAUCUUUAAAAAUAAAAAAAAAUAUUAUUAUAUAGAUAUUAUGUAGUAGGACUGUACUUUGUAGAACGAGAAAUGAAAAUGUGAUAAAACCCCCGAAUAAAAAAUAUCAGCAUAAAAUAAAAAUUCUUUGUCUAUUUCUGUUUAAAUCUUCGUGUGGUGUACUUAAAAACGUAAAAAUAAAUAAAAAAAAAUAUUUAUUAAUUAUUCGGUAGUUCUUUUUAACUGGACUACCACUGUGGCGGACUCUUUCGCGGAGAUUAAACAGAAAUAACGUUCAAAAAAAAUACUACUAAUAAUGUUUAUUGCUCAAAAAUAACACUAAUUUUUUUUUCUCGAUAAAACAAAAUUACUCAACAUAAAAAAAAAUGAAAGAAGUUGAAUAAACGAGUUAUGAACUGAAAGAGGCUACAAAGUGAAACUCAAGAAGGAAUAUCAAUGCAGUCCUUAUUAAAUUUAUCGAAUAUAUUUAAUAGUAGUAGUACAGAAUUGGUUAAAAGCAAGUGCGCCCAUGAAUAUUGAAUUCAGAGAAAUUUUUCAUUUGGAACAUCAACUUCAACAUAUCUGGAAGCGGUAAAUAAAUAGCUGCAACAUGAGUCUCAAUAUGAUGUUGAAGCCACGGAAGAAUCCAAAACCGCGCACGGCACGAAGUUGGAUCGAGGCCAAUUUCCAAAAGCGUGAAUGUGUCAAAUUCGUACCCAGUGUCAAAGAUCCAGAAAAAUGCUGCUGUGGUCAGUCACGUAUAACGCAUCCCGUGGUACCAGGCGUCGAAAUUGGUUCUCCGGGUGACAUUUGGAUCGCUCACAAGCACACGAGACCGCAUCCCACCGACGCUUAUGGCACAAUUGAGUUUCAGGGGGGCGCUCAUCCCACCAAAGCACAGUACGUUCGUCUGGCAUACGAUACGAGACCGGAGCUGUUAGUGCAACUUUUCACGCGGGAAUGGAAUUUGGAGUUGCCGAAACUUCUGAUCACCGUGCAAGGUGGCAAAGCGAACUUUGAAUUACAAACGAAACUAAAGAAGGUACUUAGAAAAGGAUUGAUAAAGGCAGCAAAAACGACUGGAGCGUGGAUAUUUACUGGAGGAACAAAUACUGGUGUCACAAAACAAGUGGGCGACGCAUUAUCCAUGGAGGGACAACAACGAUCGGGACGUGUCGUAAGCAUCGGCAUCGCACCAUGGGGCAUCGUUGAGCGUAAUCACGAGCUACUGGGACACAAUCGUGACGUCCCCUGUCACAGCAUCAGUUCCCCGCGCUCCAAAUUAGCCGUACUCAACAAUCGGCAUGCCUACUUCUUGCUCGUCGAUAACGGGACACAGGGAAAAUACGGUGCCGAAAUUAUCCUGCGACGGAAACUCGAGAAAUACAUAUCAAAUCAGAAAUUACAACCAUUUACGCACUCGUGUACGCCCGUCGUGUGUCUCGUGAUCGAAGGUGGCAUGAAUACGAUACGAGCUGUCCUGGAAUACGUUACGGAUACGCCGCCCGUGCCCGUUGUCGUGUGCGAUGGAUCCGGGAGAGCCGCUGACCUCAUUGCUUUUGUGCACAAAUACGCUAGUGAUACGGGAACGGAACAGACUGUGUUAGAAUCCAUGCGGGAUUAUCUUCUGUCGACAAUCGAAAAAACGUUUGAAGUUGACACGGAAAAGGCCGAAUGUUUGUACCAAGAGCUUUUGCAGUGUUGCAAAAAUAAAAAUCUUAUUACGGUGUUUCGGAUACAAGACAGGCCCGAGGGAAAGUUGCAAGAGCUGGAUCAGACAAUUUUGACGGCGCUUUUCAAGUCGCAACAUUUGAGUCCGCCGGAACAACUGAGUUUGGCGCUGACGUGGAAUAGAGUUGACAUUGCAAGGUCCGAGAUUUUUGUUUAUGGACAGGAAUGGCCUCAUGGAGCGCUGGAUGAGGCAAUGAUGCAAGCGUUGGAACAUGAUAGGAUAGAUUUUGUGAAGCUGCUGUUGGAGAAUGGCGUGAGCAUGAAAAAGUUUUUGACAAUACCGCGAUUGGAGGAGCUCUAUAACACGAAGCAUGGACCUGGAAAUACUUUGGGAUACAUUUUGCGAGAUGUCCGCCCGCAUAUUCCAAAAGGCUAUUGCUACACGUUGCACGACGUUGGUUUAGUGAUAAAUAAGUUGAUGGGAGGCGCAUAUCGUUCCUACUACACUCGCCGAAAAUUCCGACCAAUUUAUGCCAAAGUGAUGAAUAGCUACGUGAAUACGCAUCGCAAGCCAUCCACUUUUCAACGUACGAGCGGCGUGAAUUCCAUGAGUUUAAUCACGGGCUUGCUUCCCUUCACAUCGGAUAUGGCACUUUUUGAAUUUCCGUUCAAUGAGUUGCUGAUAUGGGCUGUGUUAACUAAACGACAACAAAUGGCGUUGCUAAUGUGGACUCAUGGCGAAGAAGCAUUAGCGAAAUCUCUUGUGGCGUGUAAAUUGUACAAAGCAAUGGCCCAUGAAGCGGCCGACGAUGACUUAGAUACCGAAAUCUACGAAGAACUGCGAUGUUAUGCGAAGGAAUUCGAACAAAAAGGCCUAAAACUCUUGGAUUUCUGUUAUCGACAGGAUGCGGAACGAGCCCAACGACUUCUAACAUGCGAACUUCAUUCAUGGUCUAGUCAAAGUUGUUUGUCACUCGCUGUCGCAGCGAAUCACCGAUCGAUUCUCGCUCAUCCAUGCAGUCAGAUAAUUCUUGCCGACUUGUGGAUGGGAGCUCUUCGUACUCGUAAAAAUACUAACCUGAAAGUCAUUUGUGGACUCCUCUUACCACCGAUCAUCGCAAAAUUGGACUUUAAAUCGAAAGAGGAACUUCAACUGAUGCCACAAACGGAAGAGGAACACCUGGAGAAUCAAAAUAUGGACUACGAGGAACAGGAAAAGUUAGAUCCAGAUGCGGAGUCAGCAUUGCCGACUUUUGCAAGAACUUCUUUGAAAAAGUUAACAAAACCAAAAACGUCUCCUGUGAAGGCUCUUCUACCUGAAAACUAUUCUAUGAAGGAAACUAAAGUACAAGAAAAUGGAAAAGUUUCCUUAACUGAUCCCGACGGGAAUUACUACAAGGAUUUCUUGUUCGAGCGCGAAAUGAAGCAACAUCGUCCUUUGAAGCUGAAGAAGAAACUCAGCGAAUUCUACACAGCUCCAAUUACGAAAUUCUGGGCAGAUUCUAUGGCAUAUGUCUUCUUUUUAGUCCUUUUCACGUACACGGUGCUCGUAAGAAUGGGUCCCACGCCAAGUUGGCAAGAGCUUUAUGCAAUUUCCUACAUUACGACGCUCGGCUGCGAGAAAAUACGUGAAAUUGCGUCAACAGAGCCGGUGUCAUUGUCGCACAAGUUUUCCGUGUGGGCAUGGAAUUUGUGGAACCCGUGCGACGGUGCAGCAAUUUUAUUCUUCUGGAUCGGGUUGUCGCUGCGACUGCAAUCGAAUUCGCAGGAUGUUGGACGAGUCAUUUACUGCGUUGACAGCAUUUACUGGUAUUUACGGAUAUUAAAUAUUCUCGGCGUGAAUAAAUAUCUCGGACCUCUCGUUACAAUGAUGGGAAAAAUGGUGAAAAAUAUGAUUUACUUUGUCGUGUUGUUGCUGGUUGUUUUGAUGAGUUUCGGCGUGGCACGUCAAUCAAUUCUCUUCCCAAACUCCGAGCCAGACUGGCGCCUUAUCCGAGAUGUUUACUAUCAGCCGUAUUUCAUGUUGUACGGAGAGGUGUUUGCAGAUGACAUUGAUCCACCGUGCGGAAAUGAUCCUCAUCAACGUGCUUGUGUGACAGGUCACUGGGUAACGCCGAUUGCCAUGUCGAUGUAUCUGUUAAUUGCCAAUAUUUUAUUAAUCAACUUGCUGAUUGCCGUUUUCAAUAAUAUCUUCAACGAGGUCAAUUCGGUGUCGCAUCAAGUGUGGAUGUUCCAGCGAUUUACUGUCGUUAUGGAAUAUCAGCAAAAACCGGUCUUGCCGCCACCGUUUAUCGCCUUUUGUCAUCUUUAUUCGCUCGUCAAGUACGCGAUCCGGAAGGCAAAGGGCUUGCAACAAGUUCGCGACAACGGAUUAAAGUUAUUUUUGGAAAAGGAGGACAUGGAACGACUUUAUGACUUUGAAGAGGAAUGCGUUGAGGGCUUUUUCCACGAAUUAAAUUUGGAAAUUUCGCAAUCGACGCAGGAACGGAUUCGAAAUACGGAUGAACGAGUGGAAAAUAUGGCGCAAAAAAUCGAAGACAUCAACCAAAAGGAGAAUUUGCAGACGCAAACGGUGCAAAAUAUCGAAUUUCGCUUGAGAAAAGUCGAAGAAGCGGCAGAUAUGAUCCGGAAUCACAUGGGGGUCAUUCAUCGUUUCAUGUCGGCGCACACAAAUGACCUUCUGACAGUCGGUGGUUCGGUCGGGAACUUGGAUCCACGCAUAAGAACAAUUUCCGAAACCUCCGAUUUUCCGCCACGGAAGAAAUUUGGGCGAAGUUUGACGGAAUGUCAUCCCGAUUCGUACAUUUUCGAAGACGGCUUGCAAUUUGACAUGCAAUUAACGGUUCCGGAAGAGUCAGAGCAUCAACAAUCGAGCAUCGAUGUCCUCGAUAAUCCCUUAGUUUAUCCCUCGACGACGUCCUUGCAGAAUUUGACGGCAAAUAAUGAGCCCAACAAAGAACGAGAUCGCAAAUAUUCGAUUCAAUCGGAAGAUUCGGACUUUUUUAUGCCGUCACAAAAAACAGCAAUUCCCGGAAAACCUUCAGUAUUAACGGUAACGCGACAAGAUACCGCCACAAGUUCCGAAAGUAAAGACACGCUGACGCCACUGGAUCCCGCGGAGGACAAUAAUCAAAAGACAUUGACGGGAACGACGCCCGUUGAGGAUGAUGUGGCGGCGGAAAUUCAUCACUAUGACGGGAUUCGACAGAGAGCGGCAACGGGAGUAAGGAGGAGAAAUAAUUCGCUGAGUCAGGCGGCGAUGCGGAGAAAUUCGGAAAGUGCUUCCAAUUAUGACCUGAAUAAGAGUCAGACGAGUCUUCAUUUGCCGAUUGGGAUGUCACGGAGGCAGAUUAGUCUGACGCAGAGUGAGCCGGAUAGCGGGAAUGAAGGAGCUCCAACGACAAGACCGAGAGUUUCUAGCAAAGGCAAACACAUGUUACUUGCAUUCCAUACCGAGUACACUUCUAUCACGGAUGAGCUUGAAAGUGUUUGUCAUAUGAUUGUUUCGCCGACACAGUCUCUCAGAGAUGAAAAACCUUUGAACGAAUUAAGCAACCCCGAAUUCGCCGCCAUGAUCGAAACGCAACACUUGAAGGAAUGCGAAGACAACGACUACAUGAUGAUGGAACGUCUCCUCCAAACGCGUUGCUCCAUCGACGAAGACGACAUCUCGCCCGACGACAUUGAAAUUGUCGAAAUUUCCGGUCGCCGCAUCCUGCGUCGCGAAACGGCAAUCGAACUUCCCAUCACACCCUCAAAAACAGCCACCGACAAACAACAAGAGUUCGUCGUGAAAAACGAACGAAGUCAAGCACCCACGACAACUACGAACCAAGUCACCACAUCACUCUCGCAGCAACAACGAAUCUCACCGGUUUCAAGCCAAAACUCGCCACGUAACUCACAAUAUGCCACAUUUUUGAAUCCAUGCAGCACGCAGGACGCCCGUUUGCUGUUCAAAAAGUCCAGCGAGAGUUUGCACAAGAAUUCGAGCACGGAAACGGACUGCAGUCAUCCGUACAAAGCCAUCAAACAGGGCUCGACGGAGACAAAUACAUCACUUAAUAGUUCCUUUGCCAUCGAUAAUAACUCAAUAACGAACGACAUGUCGCUGGAUCACGACUCAAAUCACACGACGGUCAUCGAGAAUCCAGAUACCGAUCCGGAAAAGACUCCUGCGAUGACAAAACGCACUUUUUCGCUCGGCGGCACCGAAUUACGCAAAGAUUCCAAACUCAAUCUCCUCAAAAAGCAAUUUAGCAUGGAUCAGGGACAAAGACCGCGAUCCGAGACGUAUGACAGUGCAGUGACACCGCAACGAAGGCCGCAUGUGACAACAACAACUAUCACCACGGGCACAAAUAUUUGUCCGACAACACUCACAAGCAAGCUACAAAUAUUGCAGGAAAGCAGUUCGACGAGCACGGAAGACGCCAAAGACGAAAUUAACAUCCCCAGUAUCUCGACGAACACCGUGCAAGACGAAAUCGCCAAGUUGUCGUCGGAAAUCAAAAAUACCGCGACCGAAGACAACAAGGAACAGUCCUUCAAUGAAACCAUGUGCUGAUUUUUAAUUUUUUCCAUCGAAUUUUAUUUAUUUUCUUCUUUGUGUCAUCAUGACGAACCUUUGCAACCAAAUAGUUCCUUUAGUUUUAAAGUCACUGUUAAAUGUUAAGAAAAAAAAUCUAUCUCGUUGUUCUGUAUCAAGAAAAAUUUUAUCACUGUUCAAGAUUUAAAAUUUUUAAACUGAGACUCUCGCUGUUCUAUAUUUUUAUUCAUCGUAGAUUUAAAAAAAAAAAUUAAUAAAAAAUAUACGUGACAAUAUCAUUAAAAUUUAAACAAAAAAAAAUCAAUAAAAUUGAAUGAAAGUUAUUUUCAGGGGUUUUCAGAAAAAAACUUAAUACAAACAAAAAAAAUCGAAUAGUAGAAAUAAGUUUGAAAUAAAAUUUUUAGAGAAAUGCGACUAAAAAAGGGGGGAUUAGAGAAUUUCCCUGAAGCCAUAAAUGAGUAAUAAUUUAUUAAGUGUAAGGUGUUAAUUGUUAAGUUUAAAAGAGGUGUUUUUUGUUUAACAAAAAAUAUGAGAGAUGAAUGUUUAAGAGACAAAAAAUAAAAAAAAAAUAUAUGA